CACACACAAACACACACACACACACAUUUAAACAGAUCUUUGCUUGACAUGCCGGGCUGCAGAUCAUAAAGAGGAAACCAGAGGAAGCACAGAGGAGUCCCGGUGCGCAACCGACUCUCGUCAGCCAUGGGCGUUUUAAUGUCCAAGAAGCAGCAGGUGGAAAAGUGCAGCGUAGUGGUCUCAGCGUUCCGUGAUGGUUUAAAGAACCAACCGAGUAACGUCCAGGUCCAAAACACCUCCGAAAGCAAAGACGAGGCUCAGACACAGCCGGAGACCGAUGAGUCCGGUCAAAAGGAAGAGGAAAGGAAACCUGGACCUUCCACUUCUCUGCCCAGAGAGGAGAAUAAAGCCAAUCAAGAGGCCUGGAACCGUUUACGCGAUGGCAAAGGUGUGGAACCGGAAGAUUUUAAAAAGUCUCAUCAGCUCACGCCGCCAGCGUACGUAAGGCCGAAGAGGCAGCCGAACGACGAUCAGCCCCUGCAGAUCGACCUCAAUAAGAGAGAGGAGCCGGUGAACGACGAGAUGUGUGACGUGUGUGAGGUGUGGACGGCGGACGAUCUGUUUCCGUGUCGGACGUGCACGCGGGUGUUUCAUGACGGCUGUCUGAGAGAAAUCGGAUACCUCCGUGAAGACACGGUGCAGGAGAUGAGGGAGACGGCUCACACCACCACCGGCUGGAGCUGCUACUACUGUGACAAUGUGAACCUGCUCCUGACUGAAGAAGAGAUGUACAGCCUGAUGGAGACCUUCAAACAGUGCAAGAUCAUCCCAGAAUCGUGCCUGGUGUCGGACGAGCUGCUGCAGUACCGGCAUUUUGUGUCCAAACAGCUGUUUGAGAAGGACUUGACGGACGAGCAGGAAGAGGAAGUGCUGGCUCAGUUCGCUGCUCUCGACCCGGAGAAAAAGGGACAGAUUGAGUGGUCGGAUUUCCUGUAUCAUGAGACUCUGUCGGUGUUGCAGAAGUUUCGGACUGAGAACUCGCUGGUGCGCCUGCUAACUGCUAAAGAGCGAGACCGGGCGCGUGCCCUCUUCCAGAGUCUGGACCAGGACAAAGAUGGUGCCAUCACAGCUGGAGAGAGUCGGCGAGCGCAGACCUCCUGGUUCCACAAGCACAGCAAAGAGCCGCAGUCCUGCAGUGUCAGACUUGUGGGAUUGUGUUCGCCUAUAAUGAAUGCAGGUAUCAGCCACGUGGGACCAAUAUCAGAGAGCAGCCCGGCCAGCUCGAGCAGUGACCGGAGCCGAGAAAGGGCCAUGGAGAAAUAUGACAACAGGCCUGUGACGUGGGACGGGUUCCUGAGGGAGAGCGCCAUCUACAUCCUGGCUGCUCGACCCAACAGCGCUGCCAUGCACAUCCAGCUGCCCCUUUAAUCACCCAGAGACCCAGGCUGGGGUCUGUAGGAGGGCGCUGUAGUGCCCCCUGGCUCCAGACAGUCAGCAUCGAGGAGGUGUGGCAUCGAUCCUGGCGUUAAAAAGGACCAAAUGACUAAAUACAAGACAAGACUCAGAGACCGUAUAAGCCAUGGGCAUAACCUCCUGUCAAUCUGAAUACUGAUAUUACUUCAAUACGCGCAAAAAUACUUUAGGGAUUUUGUCAGAUCUGUCCUGCUGAUAAGUAACUCUGCUGUUAGAGGGAGGUUGGAGGUUUUUGGUCGGAGUACAGGUAGCUACUUACGGAAGGAACACUGCCAUUAACUGUAUACAUAGAAAAGCUGCAGUAUUUAACCCUACAGUGUUAGUCAGGUGAUCCAGAAACGUGGGUUCACAGUGUUUAAAACCAUCGUAACAACAAUUACAGUUACAUCUGUAAGAUAAAUGUAUUCAUGCUGGUCUUGAUAUUGCACCGAUUACUGCAACUGUUCAUUUUCUGUGACUGAAUGAAUGGGACGAGGUGCAGAAUGUUCUAGAAUGUCAUAUAACUGUAGGCUGGUGACUUCUUUGUUCCUAUAUACACCAAUGAGGCAUAACAUUAUGACCACCUUUCUGUUUCUUAAUAUUGUAUUGCUGCCAAA